AUGGCAACAGGCGACCGUCGAAAACAUCGCAAAAGCAAGUGCCGGAAGAACGACAAUUCACGAGAGCACUCGGCAACAGCCCAGUACUACCCUCCAUGUCGAAGAGAAAACUGCGAGUCCCAUUUGAACGCCGCUAGCUGCCAGGGCAGUGGAGAAGCCGAGAGGCCGCCCCACAGGCAGCGCCAGGCCGGCGCGAGCUACACCGGCGCGAGGCCGGCGCGAGCUACACCUAGACGGCGUAAUCCCUUUGGAGGGCGGGUAGGGGAGGACAGGUAUGAGCGCGGCGCCCUUUGCGCGGCGCGGCCCUUUUCAGCGCUCCUCACGGUUUGCCCGCUGACAGAAUAUGGAAUUAGGAGGGCGGCGGCGCCGGCAGAGCCGGAGGCGCAGCCGCGGGCCUCGCGUGCCUCGGACAGGGCGGCGCGCCCGGCUGCACGCCUCACGGCUGUCGGAGAGCUCCCGGCGAGGCUGAAGGCGCUGGCGCAAUGCGGCAGCCGCUCACCCGUCGGACUCGACUGUCCGAAACGUAGUCGCCCUGUGCAAUUACCACGGACGGACGGUCAGGACGAGGUGACGUGGGCGGCGGUCGCGCUUGGCGCCUCCCCCGCACGUGCGCAUCGUGUGUCUGACCCUGAGGUUGCGGCUGACGCUGUUGCUAUGGACGUUACACCUUCCGUUCCUGUUGCUGAUAGCUCCCCGGCGUUGCCUGUGAUUUCUGUGCCCGCACCUGUGGAGGCCCCGUUGCCUGCUCCCACAGCUGUCGAUAGAAUUGAACCACCGAUAGUGUCUGAACCCGCACCGGCAGCUGUAACGCUGUCCGUGUCGGAACCCGUUCCGGAGGCUGCUCCCUCUGUUGUGACUGAGAAUGUGUCUGCUGUAGCCACCGUUGUUGUCGAAAGUGAGGAGCGUCUUGCCGCCCCCGCGGAACCUUAA